CUGUAGCAGCACGUACUUUGGAAGCGCGAAUUCAAUUUUGCAUAAUUAUCUUGUGAAAAACACUAAUAUGGCUGAUCGAAAAUCCAAGUCAGCGGCCUUAUAUUUCCCGGAGGAACUCUCCAUGUCGGACACCAGUUGUGUGGUGUGCUUUGGCGACGCUAAGAAUCCCGUUUUUUGUACAACCUGUAGGAAAAUGUUUUGCUGCGAUUGUAUGGUGAAAUGCCAACAAACGAAUGGAUGCGCCAAUUGCCGGAGCAAAACGCCACCGGAAGUAUUCGUCUCACAAAGCGGAAAAUACCGUUGUGAAAAACAUGAGCUUUUGAUAACAAUGUUAUGUACGGAGUGCGAUAUUUGUGUCUGCAAACAAUGCCUCGGCAGGGAAGCCGAACAUUCGCUUCAUUCGUUCCUCGCAAUCGACGAUAUCCGCGCUGAACUUUGCCGUGAGGUGGAAAAGAUCUACGAGUACCAAACAAUGGUGGAUAGUCUCCAAGGUCUGAAAUCAAUGUCAGGUUUGGCGAAUCAAUUUGCUGAAAAAUGUUUGAUAAAUAUAGAAUCAUUCAACAUAAUUCUUUGUUCCAUUGAAAACACAAUCGGUACAUUCAUCAAAGACGUCAAUACGUAUGAAUUAAAAGAAUUAAUAAAACACAGAAAACCGAUAAAAGAACAGGUGCAGAAUACUCUUGAGAAAAUAAGCACAUUGCAAAGACAAGAGCCUCAACAAAUCUACGAUUUUGGGGAGGCCCUGUUUGGAAUUGAGAAAACUGAGAUAGCAACGGGAUGUGUAAAAACUGCCGACGAUAAAUUCGGGAAUCGUUGGCGUUUAGAAACACGUAGAACCUUCCGAGGCAUUGCAUUUUAUUUCAAACUUUUACACGGGACGCCAGGGAGAUACGAGGUAAAGAUCAAUUCAUCGGACAACUCGCACCAACUCCAGAAGGUCCUGGAAUUCAAAAGCAUUUCUCACAAGGCACAAUUUUGCGAAUUAUCGCUAACGUCAGAAGACAUAUGCUUUACGAUUAGCUUACGCCCUACUAAUUUCAAAUACUAUCUCCAAUGUGCGAAGGUAUAUAGCGAAUUAGUGGAGAAUGAGUCUGCAUAUUCUGAGAACAUUGUUGUAAUUACGAAGAAAAUUUUUCAUGCUGAGAAAUGUGAAUCAUUCAUCAGGGACGGAACAGGGACAAUGUGGCGUACAAGAUGCAAUAUUCACUGCCACAGUGGGACUUCAUAUUUGUCUGUAUGUCUCGUACAUUACGAUGGGGCGGUUGGCAGGUUCGAAUUUUUUGUGCAGCUUGUCAAUCAGAAGGAUGGGACAAAACCAAUAAAAGUCGUUCGAACCAGGAGAUUCCAUUUCGGAUCGGAAUAUUGCAUAAAAAAAUUCGUUGCGCUGAAUAAUUUGAAUGAACAUACCUAUGAUCUACGAGGCGGACUUCAACUUGUGAUAGGAAUACGACCAACGGCCAACAAUCAGAGCUUUCUACGAAAGUGCUUUGAUCUUUUAUCUUAACAACAAGAGCAAUAAAAAUCAUGACAUUAUAAUUCUCGAUGUGUGGUUGUGUCACCAACAUUCGAAAGCAAACGUCUAUUUGGUAGAGUAAGCUUCUAGCUUAACAAUCACAUUUAUUUCAGUUUUAUAGUUUUACUUUAUGAUUCUAUGAUAGUU